GGCAGCUCCAGAGAUAGACUUGUGCUGCCAAGUCUGAUAUAAAAGAGCAUCCAAGGUCCACCAACAUAACAUAAAUUUAUUUCCCGUUGGAUAAGGAGGUGCAGGGCAUUCCUACCAGCAACAUAACCAGUUACAGGAAUGGACUGCCAUUAUUCUGUCUGGGGAGUUUUGGCCUUUCUAAGUUUGGCUCUGAUUUUUUCACUGAUACUGAAUAUUUCACACUAUAUGAAAAAGAAGCAAGAAGCUAAAAUGUAUAAAGACAAUGAAGAAAACACUCAAAGCUGUGAUGACUGUAACACAGGAUAUGACCCAGUCUAUGGCAAUCUCAGUCAAAACAUUUUAGAGGAAUGUUGUUACGAACAGAUGAAGUCCCAGCCUCAGAGGCCAGUUAAUGAACUACAGGUGGAAUCAGUUGAUCAGAUGUGUUACGCCUCACUUGAUCACAGCAGCAAGGGAAAACGCAGAAAACCAAGGAGGAAGAAAGACCCUCCAUUAGAGGAUGAAGAAGGAAGACUAUCUAAGUCCAACAUUACAGCUUCCAAAGUUUGCAUUUACCUUAACAGUGAGCAACUGGCUGCUGAAAAUACAGCAAACAUAGAAGCCAUUCAUGACGAUCCCAUAAGGUUAAUGGGUUUAAUUCAUAGGACAAAUGGAGAGAACAUUUGAAGUGGCUUCAUCAACCAAAUAUGAAAUCAAACUGAGAUCAGCUUUAUUCAUUCUGGAAGAACAGUGAAUGAUCAGAGACAAUACUUGGCAAACUUAAAUAACAAACAAUGGUGUGAUGCAGCUAAGUACAAUAUUCCAAGUCAUCUUCUAAGAAAAUAUAUGGAUUAAGCAAAAAAUAGCUGCAGGUUCAUUCUGCCCUUUUAAAGAACCUUUCCUUCUGAAUGCAUUUUGAAAGGGAGCUCUGAACACAGAGAUAGUAGUUUCUGUGUGGUAAAGUAAAAUUAAUUCUUUGUUUAAAAACAACCAUCAACCUUCAUACAGCCCCAGAAGACCCAUUAAGUUGCCUGUUGGAGAUUGACGAUCCCUGAGGUUUCUUCCAAUCCAGGCCAUUCUGUAAUUCUGUGAUUCCUACAGUGCACAGCAUGGGUGCCCAACCCUUCAGCUUGCCCAGGCUGCACUGAGUGAGAAGAAAUUGUCUUGGACCAAUGUUUUCAUUGUUGCUGAAUAAUGGGGUGCACUCAGGACCAGUGUGGACUGCUUGGUUGGGAAGAGCAACUACCAUGAUGGCACAGGGUGUAGAGUGAGGCUAGCUGACUUGGGCUUCAUGCAGCAUGUUAUAUAUAUCUCCUCACUUUCCUUUUGUGGACAAUAUUGGCAUAAUCUCAAAUCUUCACUCCUCUACUAACAUAACACUGUAUUCAUUUGUAUUCAAGG